AUGACAAUAUUUAUUUGCAGAUAUGAUGGACAGGCCACGGUAGUACCGAAGAUGAUUUUGUUACCGUGGUCUUUGGUGAUUCUGGUGACGAUGGCGGUGGAAGCGUCAUCGAAACCAGAAGCCGGCUUGCAAACUGUAAUCGACAGCUCUUCGGAUAUACAACUUUCGACUGUAUCUGAACAAUCUACAUCCAUUACUAAAAUUAACGAAGAAACAGAACUAACUCAUCCGACGGAGACGAAACUUCAAGCGUCGUCAAUAUCCCAAAACGAGACUUCACCUACGAAGCAGGUAUUAAAUGUUGCAACGGAAUCCACGGUAGCUAAUGAGAACAAAGAGAAAGAAAGCUACCAAGCUUCAGCUACCGAGGAGAGAACAGAAGACGAGUCAAAUGACAGGCUAAACUGUCCAGCUCAAUGCGAUUGCAUCAAGCAAACCGAUAGAACGAGCUAUAAUUGCUCGUUGCCAAGCGGCGCCGUCAUCAUCACCGAGUACGGUGAUGGAAUAUUUUUUGAGUGCUUGAGUGGAGUGUUGCAGUGCUCGGAGGUCCCGGAGCGCGGGCGCGGGGCGGGCGCGGGCGCGCUGGGCGGCGCGGCGCUGCACAGCGUGCUGGUGCGCGGCUGCGCGCUGCCGGCCGCGCCGCUGGCCUGCGCGCUGCGGCGGCGCGGCGCGCGCUCGGCGCAGCGCCUCACGCUGCAGGCGCCGCGCGCACCCCUCGCCGCAGGGCACGUGCGCGGCCUGCAAGGACUCAACAUGCUGCGCCUCACUGACCUCGAUGGACAAGAGAUGGAGUUACCCUUAGAAGCCAUGUCGGUGCUGCCGGAGCUCAAACACUUUACGCUGAACAACGGGCGGUUAUUGCUGAAGGAAGCUUUGCCACCCCUGCCACUGGAGGCGCUGGAACUAGCAGAUGACGCGCUGCAGUCACUGCCGAUCGCUGCUUUUCGGCAUCUAACAAGCUUGCGCCGCCUUGGCCUCUGGCGUAAUCGUUUCACCGAGUUACCGGAAAAUACUUUACAAGGAUUGGAGCAGCUGCAGCAGUUGAGUCUUAGCUCCAACGAGCUGCGUUCGUUGCCCGACGGUUUGCUGGCGAGCACGCCGCGAUUGAAACAGCUCGACCUCUACGAUAACGCGCUGGAAACUUUGCCACGUACCGUGCUUGCUGGACUCGAGCAUUUAGAGCAGGUGCGCCUGAACGACAACCGCGGGUCGCUAGUGCUGGGCGGGGGCGCGUUCGCGGCGCUGCCGGCGCUGCGCGACCUGGACCUGAGCCGCGCCGGCGCGCGCGCGCUGCCGCCGGACCUGCUGCAGGGUUCGCACGCGCUGCAACGGUUAGCCAUGUCGGGCAACUCGCUGCGUGAAGUGCCGGACAAGCUGCUGCGUGGAUUGGCAGCCCUAAGCUACCUCGACCUCAGCCGCAACCAGCUGUCUCGCCUACCCAACGCCUUCUUCGCAGACCAACGUAACCUCACCGACCUCUACCUCGAUCGCAACCUGCUUGAAACUUUACCCGGUUCAAUGUUCGUGGGUCUGAGCGAGAUGAAGGUGCUGUCGCUGGAGCACAACCGACUGCGGCACAUCGAGAUCGACGCGUUCGUGGGGCUGCGUACACUGCACGAGCUGCGCCUGGCAUACAACCAGCUCACACUGGUACCGCCGGAACCACCCCAGUUCUCCGGACAUGAUUACCUACUGUUGCCAGAGCCGCCGUCGCCCUUCAACUCUCUGUUCCUACUGACGCACCUCGACCUCAGUCACAACCGCGUGCAACGACUCCUGGACGACUGGCGCACCGUUCUCGUCAGUCUGCGAAAGCUCAACCUCAGUUGGAAUAACAUCACUGAUUUGAAUUACAUCAACAUGAAUUUCUUGAGCUCUGACGUGGUAGUGGACUUGAGACACAAUAACAUUUCCACGGUGAAGCUAUGGGGUCCGAGCGACGGCAGCGCGCAGUUUCUCCUCGACAACAACCCGUUUACGUGCGACUGCCACCUGCCGGCGCUGCAGCGCGCCUUGCGCCCGGGAGGUGUGGGAAGCGGGCCGCGGCUGGUGGCAACGCGUGCGCGCUGUGCAGCGCCACCAGCGCUGAACGGGAUGGACUUGGUGUCGGUGCCGCGCUCGCUCCUGGAGUGUGCGCUGCCACCGCCCGCCUGCCCGUCCGCCUGCAGCUGUUCACUGCGCCCCGACUACCUUGACCUGGACUGCAUCAACCUCCCUCCACUUGCCGCCCUGCCACCGCCCGCCAUACACGGCCUCGCCGCCGCUCAUUUACGUCUUCGCCGUGCCCCCGAAUCUCUAGAAUCACUCCCGCGAUACUUUCAUUUACUCAAUCUUACCGCGCUAAAUAUCACCGAGGUGCCGCCUCUGCCCCCGGCCGUCGAGGUUGAUCUUAUUGAUAAUCAGCUGACGCGAGUUCCGAUCGAGGCACUGACGAAUAACACGCUGCGAUUGGCGCUAAAUCCUCUUGCUUGCGACUGCGGUCACGCCGUAGACGUGGCCGCAUUACAACGUGCGAGUUCGAACAUUCUAGAUUACGGUGACGUGACAUGUUCGAGCGGUGAGACGUUAAGGAGCGUCGCGACGGAGACACUCUGCGAGGCGCGAGACGCCGCCGUUCUCGGUGUUUCGUUCGCCAUCUUGGUCGUGGUCGUGGUUAUUAUCGUCGUGCUGCUGCGUCGGUACCGCACCGAAUGCCUGCUGUGCGCCCACCGCUGCGGCUGUUGUCCGCCAGACGACGACGAUGACGAUAAAGAAUACGAUGCUUUUAUCUCGUUCGCGCACAAGGACCUGAAGUUCGCGGAGGAAAUGGUGACGAAACUCGAAGCGUCCCCGCAUUCGUUACGCAUAUGCGUGCACUACCGCGACUGGCCGCUCGGCGAUUGGAUCCCGGCGCAGAUCUCUCGCUCCGUAGAACGGUCGCGACGCACUGUAGUCAUUUUGUCCAAGCACUUCUUAUCGUCAGUAUGGGGGCUGCUGGAAUUCCGAGAGGCGCAUCUGCGUGCGCUCAGCGAAGGCCACGCUCGCGUCGUGAUAGUGCUGCUGGACGACGUGAUGUCGGACGAGCGUUUGAACGACGAGCUGCGUGCGUACCUGUCCACCAACACGUACCUGCACCGGGACGACCCGUGGUUCUGGGCGAAGCUGGCGGACGCUCUGCGGCGGCGGCGCGGCGUGGCGGCGGCGCUGCGCCGCCUUGCGCCGCGCCGCGCCGCCGCCGCGCCCCCGCCGCGCCUGCACGUCGACAAGCUCCUGCGCUCGGCGCUCGACGCGAAGCUCUCACAAGAUGGACAUAUCGUUAAUGCCGCCUUCACUGCGCCUUCACUCUAG